AUGAAAAAUGAACACCGCCUCACCGUCGCUACCACUGAGUCGCCGCGCCUCGAUGCUUGGCUCGCUGGCGAAAUGCAGCAGCUCUCACGCGCCCGCAUCCAGACCCUCAUUAAAGAAGGCCACAUCCUCCUCAACGGAAAAAAAACCAAAGCCCGCGCCGCCGUCAAAGAAGCAGACGAAGUCCACCUCACCCUCCCUGAACCAGAGACCCGAGAAAUUCUCCCCCAAGACAUUCCUCUUUCUGUCCUCUAUGAAGACGAAUACCUCAUCGUCAUCAAUAAAGAUCCCGGCCUUGUCGUUCACCCUGCCGAUGGCAACCCAGAUGGCACCCUCGUCAACGCCCUUCUUCACCAUUGCGAUGGCCAACUCGCCCAACUUGAUAGUCCCGAUGACCACACCCGCCCAGGCAUCGUCCACCGCCUCGAUAAAGAUACCUCCGGCUGCAUCGUUGCUGCCAAAACCAAAGACACACACCUUCACCUAGUCAGCCAAUUCGCCGAGCGCCAAACCUCCAAGCACUACCUCGCCAUCGCGCAAUCCGCCCCCGCCGAUGACGAACAAACCGUUUUCAACAACAUCGGGCGCCACCCCGUCCAUCGCCAGAAAAUGGCCGUCGUCAACCCCGGCUCAGGAAAACCCGCCAUCACCGAUUUUCGCCUUCUCCAUACCGCGACCGACGGCACCUCCCUCCUCCUCUGCACCCUCCACACGGGACGCACCCACCAGAUCCGCGUCCAUACACAAUUUCUCGGCCACCCCCUCCUCGGAGAUCCCAUCUACGCCAAACCCGCCCGCCAACCGACCUCUCCCACCCGCCUCAUGCUCCACGCCUGGCAACUCGGCUUCACCCACCCCGCCAGCGGAAAAUGGAUCACCCAUCAAGCUCCCAUCCCUCCAGAAUUUACACCUUGGGCACAACCCGCCGCCGAACAACUUGCCACCAUCCAAGCCACUGACAAAUCACAGCCCUAG